UGCUGUGUUGUCUUCAGGUGUUAGUACUGUUGCAGCUUCUUUUUUUUUCUUCGUCUCGGAUACGUUGCUGGCACGGGCGCAAGCAGCUCAGGUAUUCCGACAGCACGUUCGCUCGUGCACCAGGGAGCGCUGCCAUGAGUCCCGAAAAGGAUCCUCGCAAGAUCGCGUCCCCUAAGUCGUCCAUAUCACGGAGCUCACCCAAGCCAACCCGGUCACCCGAAUCAACCAAGUCCCUGAGCUUACUCAAGCCUCCCGAUCCGCAGGGCUCGGGCCGGGCUCUGAGGGCCAAGCGCGGCAGGUCCAGCAAACACAGCGACCACACCGAAGAACGCCUCCGUUCUUCCGGCCCCAGCUCGGCGUCGCCUCAGUCAACGAGGAUUUCCAGCGCGCCUCAAGGUCAAAAGCAGGGCUUCACCGUGGGUGAACGAAGCACGACUUCAAUUGACAGGCGUCACAUGACUCCUGUCUCAGGCACAUAUUGCCCCUCAUCUCGGUCCCUGGCAUCGGUUGGUUGGAAGGCGUCUAUUACCGGGAAGCUCUUGACGCCCGUGAUAGGCGCCAUUGUGCUGGGAGCAGUUCUGUUUGUUUUUGUGCGCCUAGUCCGCUGGCGGAAGCCGAGCGGCCUACACGCGCCGGCAUGCGGGAGCCACUCCUGCCAGCAAUUCAGAGAGCUCCUGGAGGAGGCCAUAGACGAGAACUCCCAGCCUUGCGACGACUACUACGCGCACGUGUGCAGCCUGUGGACGAAAUCGCACGAGAGGUCCGUACAGCGCGUAACUCUGGAGCACUUCUUCAACAAUGCUGUCAAGAGGCUGAAGACGCUGCCGCCGAUUGAAAACGUGGUCACGCGGAAAGGCACAAUGUUCUUCUCCUCUUGCCUCAGCGUUGCCAACGUGUCCAACGUACCCGGUGUGAAGAAGCUCCUCGCCGAAGGUGGCAUCAUGUGGCCAAGCAAGAACACGAAUCCGGACUUCCUCAACGCUCUCUUCUAUAUGUCGCAGCGCCUCUUUGAACCCGUAUUCCUCAGGUUUACGACUGAAAAUGGCGGCAGUACGCUCGCCGUCCGCCAGAGCAACGAGUUUCUCAAGAACCUGCGAACUCUGCGCAGGCAUAUAAAGACUCGUCACUUGCACGAGCACUUAAGUGUCACGUACGAGGCUUUCGAUGCGCACGACGAAACCAGGCUCAAGGAAAUUGUCGAUCGCUUCGACCACAUGGAAGAGUUCCUCGACAUGUACUUCAACGCCAGCUGGCCUGCCCACUCCCCGUCGAUGACGUUCACGACGUACGACACGGAGUCCUUUCUCCGACAGACACCGUCAGUGUCUCGCGACAGGUGGGACUCCAUGUUGAGUCGUUAUUUCGGCGCCUCGGUUGCAGGCCUGCGCAAUGCAGUUGUUGAGAAUGUGCAGCACUUUCAGGCCCUCUUCAGGCUCCACGAAGACGGCGGUGAGGCAGCCCUGAACGACGUGGUGGAAGCGCUCUGCGUUCAGAACCUGGUGCGAUUCACUUCUUUUGGCAUUAUCGCUAGCUUCCACGAAAGCAGCGAGGUCGCAGCCAUGUGGCUGCAGGAAAAGUGCUUCAUUUCGACUUUUUCAUUCUUCGGCUAUGAUCUCAACCAUAACUUCCUCGCUAGCCAUCGUGGCGCCUUGGACAACGUGGAAAGGCUCGCCGAGAAUGUGCGCCAGGCAUUCUUCGAUGUUCUCAGCGAUAGCGAGAAUGCGACGGCGCAUUCGCACCGCAGCCACCAUGAGUGGCGAGAAAACAUCAGCGAGCACCAUUUCCGCAAGCUGUUCGCCGUUCUGAAAAGGUCGAAAGCCCGGGCGUACCCCGCUGAGUACGCGGUUUAUCCAGACUUGACCCGCGACCCGCUGCAGAACUGGAAAAUCCUGAACGAGUUCUACCGCCGCCUCCCGGUGUCGGCCAAUUCUGCCUUGAUCGCUUUCGGGGAAAAUGACUUAAGCAAGUUCCGGGGCUUCGAGCUGUCGAUCCAGCAUCUCAGCUUUCCUUACUACGAGCCGGACGCGCACAGAGGCUGCGUGCUUGGGGGACUUGGCACGCGUCUUGCGGCAGCAGUGUUCUACGACUACGUGGAUAGCCAGGCAGAUUUCUUAAAGUUCUACCAGCGCAACCACGACUGCCUCGCCCCCGAUGCUGGUGGCGAACCAGACGUUAAUCUGCAGGGCGCCGUCGCAGCGAUUCCCGUCAUGUUUUAUAUGUUCAGGAAAGCUAGCGAGGACGACGAGGACGCCUCAGUCAAGGACCUGUCGCACUUUAGAGCUGAUCGUAUUUCGUUUAUGUUCGGAUGUUACCUAUUGUGCGGAGAAGACAACGGCGAAACAAUGUGCAACGUUCCACUGAAGCACAGCGCGGAUUUCGCCCGCACCUAUGGGUGCCCGGUGGGUUCACCCAUGAACCCGAGUGAGAAAUGUGCGAUGGUACCAUAGGGUGCCGGUUAAUUAAGGGUUAAUAUCUUUACAUUUAUCACUGAAGAUAACCGAGUUCAUUUUUUUUCACGGUGACUAAUGACUAAGUGGAUGCAGCUCGUUAUUGUUAUGUUCUUUGUUUAAAAUAGCGUUUUUACCUCUGUCUGAAGCAAUGACGACUCAAGGAAGGUCCGAUUUCAAGCUU